AUGUGUCAAGAAAAAUUGGUACAAGAAGCCGUGGAUACACUUCUUGAUAAUGGAAUCCGCGGACAACCAAUGAGGGACGGUCUAUCACUUUUAUUACAUCGAUGUGGAUUACCCCGCAAAAUAGAAAUAGAGCUAUUUCAGACGUUUCUAAUCAGUGGUUUAAUUCGAAACCAUUUUGCUUCGAGCAUAGGAGUUUCUAAAAGUAAAAUCCGGGAAAAAGAACCCAUUGUAUGGGAAAUACUUCAAGAAGUUAUGCGGGGGCAUCCAGUAUUGCUGAAUAGAGCGCCUAUUUUGCAUAGAUUAGGAAUACAAGCAUUUCAACUCAUUUUAGUAGAAGGACAUGCUAUUUGUUUAGAUCCAUUGGUGUGUAAGGGAUUCAAUGCAAACUUUGAUGGGGAUCAAAUGGUUAUUCAUGUGCCUUUAUCUUUGGAGGCUCAAGUAGAAGACCGUUUACUUAUGUUUUCUCAAACGGAUCUCUUGUUUCCGGCUAUUAGGGAUCCCAUUUCUAUACCAACUCAAGUAUUUGUGCAAACAUCUAUACAAGGUUUUUCUCGAGCCGAUUCAUAUGGUAUCUAA